GAAUAGUGGAUUCUACCUGCACCCCUCCUCGUGUCCCAUCCCCCCUUCGGACCGCGGCAAGGGUGACCACCCCAAGCACCAUGGUGAGAAGGACACUUCAAGUUUCCAUUGUCUUUGGUUAGUCACUGCUCAGGAGCACAAUCCAGAGCUGGUUCUGAUGGACUUAACCUUGCACAUGCUCAUCCCUCACGAGGAGGGUUUUGAUUUCCAGUCUUUGUGUUUUGUCAACACUGCGUCAAAAGGUAUCACAGGACCCCUCGGCCGGGCCCGGCCCCCCCCUCAGCGCCCGCCCCGCCCGCCAUGGCCGGAGGGCCUCGCCAGGGGGCGCGCGAGCCACCAGCGCGGCCCGGCCCGCCCCGUCGGCAGCGGGCGGAAGCGCCGCACGUGGGGGCGGCGGAGGGACAUGGACACGGAGACGGGGCGGGAUGAGGAGAUGCCCGCGCUCUCCGACGGCGAGGAGCCCUGGGAAGAGGAGGAAGAGGAGGAGGAGGAAGGCGCUGCCGUGGGCCAGAGGACACGCUGCCUCUUCUGCGAUAGGUGGUUCAGUUCUGCUGAAGGUGUGUUCUCUCACUGCAAAACAGAGCAUGAGUUUAAUGUUAGUGAUGUGAUCCAGAAACAUGGACUCAAUUUUUAUGGAUACAUUAAACUAAUAAACUUCAUCAGAUUAAAGAAACCAACAGGAGCAUAUUUGAGUUCUCUCAGCAGCCCACUGCCUUGGAAAGGAGAGGAAUAUCUGAAACCAGAACUAGAAGAUGAUCUCCUCCUUCAGUUUGAUAUAGAAGAUCUUUGUGAACCUGCAAACGUUGUGCCCUGUAAUGGUUUAAAUGAUACCACAGUGCUCCUUGAACAGUUAAAACACACAGAACACAGAGCAAGAGCCGCAGAAGCAGCCUUGGCUAGAGCACAGGAGGAUCUUCAGAAAAUGAAACAAUUUGCCCAGGAUUUUGUGAUGAACACAGAUGUCAGGAGCAGCUCAUCAUCCAGCGCCAUUGCAGACCUUCAGGAGGAUGAGGAUGGUGUUUACUUCAGCUCCUAUGGGCAUUAUGGGAUACACGAAGAGAUGCUAAAGGAUAAAGUACGUACAGAAAGCUAUCGUGACUUCAUCUAUCAAAACCCACAUAUCUUCAAGGACAAGGUGGUUUUGGAUGUUGGCUGUGGAACUGGAAUACUCUCCAUGUUUGCUGCCAAAGCAGGUGCGAAGAAAGUGAUUGGAGUUGACCAAUCUGAAAUCAUCUAUCAGGCCAUGGACAUCAUUAGAUUAAAUAAACUUGAAAGUAUUAUUACAUUAGUCAAAGGAAGAAUCGAAGAAGUAGAUCUGCCUUUGGAAAAAGUUGAUGUAAUUAUAUCUGAAUGGAUGGGUUAUUUCCUUCUCUUUGAGUCAAUGCUGGAUUCUGUCAUCUAUGCAAAGGACAAGUACCUGGCAGAGGGAGGCUCAGUUUAUCCUGACAUUUGCACCAUUAGUCUGGUAGCUGUUGGGGAUAUGAAUAAACAUAUGGACAAGCUACUUUUCUGGGAAGAUGUAUAUGGCUUCGACAUGUCUUGUAUGAAGAAAGCUGUAAUUCCAGAAGCUGUUGUUGAGGUGCUGGAUCCAAACACACUGAUAUCUUCAGCCAGUGUCAUUAAGCAUAUCGACUGUAAUACUGCAUCCUCUCCAGACUUGGAAUUCUCUUCAGAUUUCACCCUGAGCAUUACAAUGAGCACAAAGUGCACGAUAGAGAAACUUGUUACUAUGAAGUGGUUAUUUAUCCUAGUCAUUUACAGAAGAUACAAAGCCUGUUUCCCUGAACACCGGAGGCAGCAGGCAGUUGCUGGUUACUUUGAUAUAUUUUUUGAGAAGAACUGUCACAACAAGGUCUCGUUUUCCACUGGUCCCCAGUGUACCAAAACACACUGGAAACAGACAGUUUUUCUCCUGGAGAAACCAAUUCCUGUAGAAGCAGGAGAGGCCCUGAGAGGGAAGAUCGCAGUCCGCAAAAACAGAAAGGAUCCACGGUCCCUCCUCAUAACCCUGUCAGUGAAGGACAUGCAGCAGACCUACAGCCUCCAGUGAAAAUCCUGGGCACAUAACUUUGGGAGGUGUUAAAGUCAAAUAACUGUUUUUAAAUAUCCCAGAAUGGCAAACUCUUGGAUUUGUGUGUGUGUAUGCACACAUGGGAAUAUGAAAAAUUUGCCUGGAAUUGAGAGAGCACUGUUUGGAUGCUUUUGCUCUGGGACAUGGAGGCUGACAACAAAAUUGGAUUCUGCUGCUUCCCUUAUGUGAGGAAGGCAAGAAAGAUGGGUUUGGGUUACAUGAGACUACUGGGUGAGAAAAAUGAGUGUGAAGUCUUGCUGUGAGGAACAGUAAAUAUGAUCUCUCAAUAUUGUUUUAUUCUUCCACUGGCAAAAUCCUUGCAUAAUAUUUUUUUAUGAAAGAAGAAGCUAAAUCAUGUGCCAGUGCACCUCAACAGUAUCUGGAAAAUCCUAAUGGGACUAAUUUUGGGAUUCCAAAGACCAUAUUUUUAAUACACUUCUGUAAUUAAAAAGUUGUACACAGUUACAUUUAUCUAAAUAAAUGAACCCAGUAUGAUAUAGAAUGCA